AUGCAACAGCUGAUCAGUGAGACGCGAGCCUUGGCGCUGGAUUUUGAUCAAUGCGCCUUUGGAGCUCCGUCAGUAAAGCCGACUAGGCUCUUGUGCUCCACAGAUCUGCUCGAUGAUGUUUGCGUUCGUUGCCCUGGCAACCACUUGCACGUGCAGCUCAAGGUGCGUGAUCCUCGCACUGGCAAAUUGAUCUUUCGCACGAAGGCGGCUCAGAUCUACCCUUGGGCUCUAUGUGCAUCUAUUGCCAUGAACGUCACCGUGAUCUACGAGGACGCUUUGGCGCAUCUCAGCACUACGUUCUGCCUGACCACCCCGGUGGCCGAUCGUAAGCGUGAGCUUGGAUCCAGCAAACCUUGGCCUGGCCAUCGCCAAGCAGAUACUGCACUGAAAGCUCAGUGGGCUGGUUAUCAACUCAAGCGUGGGGCUCGAUGUGGAGUUGGAGCCGGGCCAAGUCGUUCGCGCUGCCAUGAGCGAUAUCAGCUGCUCACCUACUGGGAACAUCGAGCGCGCCAAGUUUGCCAUGUCGAGCUCUAUGCUGAGAUGCUCAGUGCGUGCAAGUCUGUGGAUAAAGAUCUUCCCGUUUUUCUGCACGGCUUCCCGAUUGUCGGGACGAUUGCUCCGACUGGUCGUUGGCCUCCCUACACGAAGCCUCAGAAAGCUCUCCCUGUACAAGAUGCUUUGAAGCGGGCCUGGGCUCUGCGGAGGAAAAUCAUAUCUCGUGCUCACGGAGUACCAGUGUCUGACAAUCUGCGAAAAAAUUGGGAAGCUUCGAUCGAAGAUGUGACUGAGGGUUCAUGUUUAGGUCCUUUUUCUGAAGAAGCUCAAGUCUCGAAGAUCUUGGACUGCGAGGACUGGAUCCCAACACAGCGUUUCGAAGUAGUGCAGAAGAACAAAGUUCGGGGGUGCGACAGCGCUACGACGAACAUGAUCAACCAAAUCACAGUGAUCACGGAGAAGCCACAGCUGCCCUCGACAGACUCGAAUGUUGCUGCGCUCAGACGGUUGCGCUCGCUGAAGCCUGACGAUGAGCUGGUAGGUUGGGUGCUUGAUGAGCACAAAGCCUACAGACAAGUAGCAGUUCGUCCUGAUCAGAGGAAGUUUUCGGUGAUCUACUUGAAGAACCCUGAAUCGGGUGCCCCAAACUUUUUCGUCAUGGUGGGUCAUUCGUGUGGCUUGGUUUCGGCAGUGUACAAUUACAACCGCCGAUCGGCAGCCAUCAACGAAUUUUUGGUUUCAAUCUUUGGGCUAGUAGCUUUCAGCUUCUAUGAUGACAAGUAUGGCUUUGAGCCAGCUGGAACUGCGCCCUCCGCUCGUGAAGUGGCAGAACGCGUUCAUUUUUGGCUAGGCGCAAAGUUUGAUCAGAAGAAGCUCCAGCUUUCGUCUACCCCCACUAUCCUGGGUGUGACCUACAACCUGGAGAAGCUCCAGCUCGAGAUCAAGCCCGAGCGCAAAGACGAAAUUGCUAGCAGUGCUCGAUCAGUGGAAGAAGUUGGUCACUUCAGGACCCCUGUUCAGUUCACUGCUGUCAUCCCAGAGUCCGUGAAGAGUGCACAUGUGAUUUUGUUGAUCGACUCGGAAGCCGUUGAAGGCGCCUUGGUCAAAGGAAUGCUCUUUGCCAUUUUGGCCUCAAAGAUCAAAGCAGUGAUCACUUCCAGGCAGCGCGUGGCCGAGCGCAUCGAGGCUUCUGGUACGCCCCUGGGUUUACCCGACGCGGCCUUUGAUGCGCCCUCCAUGGUGCAGGACGCCUAUGAUGCCAUGAUCCAGAAGAGUCCUGGGGUGGAAGUGAUGAUGGAAGCCAUUCUUCAAGCUGCCAGGCGUAUGGACGCGGAGAACUGGCAGCGCUUUCAGCAGAUUCCUUUGCUCCACGUCCACCAGGACGAUUCCACGGUGCACAGCAACCUCUUCGCCCAAAACGAACCCAGCUGGCGACCGCUGCUGCAGCGUCCCAAGAAGCGGAAGCAAAGCUGUGCCUUUCUCCACAUGGGCACUGCGCCAAUGACGCCUGUGCUGGCGGACUUCCUCACUAAGCUGGGAUGGUCCGGCAUCUGCGUGGGGCCGAUGAAGCCACCUCCAGGGAACGAGGACCUGCUUCAGUUUGUUCAGCUGGAUCCUGCAGAAGCAAAGGAUCAGUUCCAGAUUGACGAACUGCUCGGGGAGACGGGGGGGUUGGUGCCCAGUCCACCCACCUUCCCCUUGGCCUUCGUCAAUGUUCUCUUCAACGUCAACGAGGAUUCCAGCCUGUUGGACCCUUACGAUGAUGACUACGAAGAAAAGCUGAAAGAAAGGCAGGAACAGGAGGCAGCCGAGGCCGAGGCCAAGAAGGCUGCAGGGAAGAAGAAAAAGAAGGACACCGUUGUACAAGAGAAUGCCGAGCUGCCGCCAGUGCCUCCCUCCACUGUGGCAGGCUACGGUGUGGUGGGCCUCACCCGGGGGCAUCGGGUGAGACGUCGCCUGCGGGCCAUCAAGAACUGCCUGGCGAUCACGAUGGGACGGCUGGCUAAGGAUGGAAGUCUGGUGAUGGUGUGGCCUGGGCUCCCUUUGCACCCAGUGCUCUUCUUCAUUGCAGGUUCGCUGCGAAAGCUCUUUCAGCGUGUUCAUGUCUUCAGCCCCGAAGGUUCUAAGACCUUUGAGGUGUACAUGUUAGCAGCAGGCUACAAACGGGACAAGGCUGACAGCAAAGUGCCCGGCAUGGGAGGCCUUGAGAUCCGAAGCUUCUUUGAAGAUACUUGGAGGUUGGGGCCUAAAUGGCGAAAUGGGUGGCCCAAGCUUCCGGCAUCUUCCGGCACUUCAAGGUUUUUGGGGAGGAAAAAGCCAGUCUUCAUAGAAAAUGAUCUCGUGGAUGAUGGCAUUUCCACGAUUUUCUUUGCACUCUUCAGUGUCUGGAACCAGAAAAAAGGGUAUAAGAUCUCUGUUUAG